CCCUCCCUCCACUCUCGCGCCGCCCGCCGCGCUACUUCCCCCUCCAUCAACACGGACAAGUCCCUCAAGGACGUCCAGCCACCCUCUGAGUCCCUUAACCAGCGCCCCUCCGUGCUGGGCCUCUACCAGAACGCCGGCGUGAACAAGAAGGCCAAGCGCGGGCGCAAGGCCGUCCUGAGCUCUCGCGCGAGAAGGCGUCACGAGCGCGGCCUCGAGCGCGCUGAGGAGAUCCUGGACAGGACAGCGGUCAAGGUCUCCAGGAGUAAGGAUUCGGCACGAAACAUUGACGGGCGCAAGAAGACGUGGGACGAAAUUAACGCUUCGGCGAAGGAGAAGGAG